GUUAUGCACCGCUGAGUUAUACGAAAUAUCCAUGCACAUAAUUGAAAACCGAGACAAGACUGUACCCUGUCAUUACACAUGCAAGAAAGAUGACCAACUGUCAAAAAUUUGGUUAGGUUGAUUGAAUUUUUGAACGAAUGGUCCGACCAGGGUCAUAUAAAUUAUAAAUAGAUCGUGACCGGGAUUCACAUAUGUAAUCGUAUAUUAAAACCGUAUACACAUUGUGAGGAUGUUUACAACUCUGAAGUUUAAUAUUUCAAAAUGAGAUAGGUUAUGUUUUCACAAGUUUUAUUUCAUAUGUUGUUAAUUCAAUAAAAAUUGUUAUAUUAGGAGCAAAAAUCAUUUCGAACACACAUAUUUUAGUUUCAGAAAAUAAAUAUUUAUGACAAAAUAGUUGUUUUUAGUGUUAUUUCAUCUUAUUUAUGAAGCAUCAUAAUUUAAAAUUAUGUAUGAAAAAUUCAUAAAAUAUUAUUGAUAAAAAUAAAUAUAAAAUUUUAAUAAUUCUUGUAUGAGACAUGGACAAUAAAAUGAAUUGUAACUCGUUUAAUGUGGAUAAUUUAAUUGAACAUUUCCUAUAUUGUACACCAAUAAAUACAAUAGACAUUCUUAUUUCAGAAGAAAAUAUUAAUUGUCUAGUUAGUUCAAAAAAACAACAGGAGAUCUUGGAAAGAACAGUAAAUAGUGACUUAAUUAAAAAAUAUCCAAUUAAACAAUCUUAUCAGAGGGCAUUUUUAAAAUGGCUUAUGAAAAAGAUUGAAGAUAAAAAUGGUGAAAUUUAUGACGGUAUUUAUACAACAUAUUGUAAUUUAAUAUCUUCCACUAUAGAAGAAUCUAUUCACUAUCGGCAUUUUCUAAUGGAAGAUAAUUGCAUUAGUAUAAAAGAAAGCACGAAUAUUAUAUCAGAAGGUACAACAGGAUUGUGUAGUUGGCAGGGAGCCAUUGAGUUAAGUAAAUGGUGCUUAGAAAAUAAACAAAAAUUCUUUGGAAAAGUUAUUUUAGAACUUGGUUGUGGUGUUGGAUUAACAGGAUUAUCCAUUAUUAAGACAUGUUUUCCCAAACAAUAUAUAUUUACAGAUUGUCAUAAAAUUGUUCUUGAAAUGGUUUCUGAAAACAUUAAACUUAAUUUAUUAUGUAAUGAAAGGAAAAUAGAAACAGAACUAAAACAUGAUAGAUUGAAAUUGCAAUUAAGCUAUAAUCAUACAGAUGUUAAAAUAAAAGAGUUAAGAUGGGAAGAUAUUAAUAAAUAUGUGAAUGAACAAUGGAUCAUACCAGAUAUAGUAAUUGGAGCUGAUAUUUUAUAUGAUGUCAAUUCAUUUUCUGAAUUAAUAUCAGGAUUAAAAGAAUUUUUAUCUUUUCCUAAUAGAUAUGCAAUUAUUGCAGCAACAAUUCGCAAUGAAAACACUGUUUUACAGUUUCUAUAUCAAUUAGCUCAUUAUGAUCUUUCUUUUGAAGAAUAUAAUAUACCACAGAAAAUGGUACACCAAAAGUUGGCAAGCGCACCUGUUAAAAUAUUAAAGAUUUUUCAGAAAUAAAUUUAAGAUAAUAAAUUUUUAUUGAUAUAAUGUUUUUGACAAUAAUAAUUAUUUUAAGAUGAUCUUACUGGAUUUUAAAGGCAAUUUGUUGAAUACUUAUUAUAUAGUAAAUUUUACUUAAUACUUGUUUUAUAUAUUUACAUUUGCAAAUAAAGAAUAUUUAUUAUAAAUGUAUUUAAAUAUACUUCACCAACAAGGAAAAAUGUACAUAGUAAUUAUUUAUAUUUCAAUGGAAAUUAAAU